CGUCACGCAGCUACUUAUUUUCACUUCACUUCCUCUCUCUCAAUUCUUCAAAGUUCCGAUUUUUACUUUCCUUCUACAGCUCUUGACAAAUUUCUGCUAAUCAAAACGGCGAUGGAACCUCCUCCUGACCUGGCAGACGAGUUCCCCAAUUGGCUGGAGCUGCCCCGCGACGUGACGGCGUCGAUCCUGCUGAGACUGGGCGCUGUCGAGAUCCUGACGAGCGUGCAGAUGGUGUGCUCGCCGUGGCGCAACCUCUUCAAAGACCCGUCGAUGUGGCGCGCUGUCGACAUGCGCAACAGUGGCGACUGGGAUCCCUCCUACGACCUCGAGAGGAUGUGCCGCCACGCCGUCGAUCGCAGCUGUGGCCAGUUGGUCGAUAUCAGCGUCGAGUACUUUGGCACCGACGAGCUCCUCAGGCACAUCGCUGACAGUUCAAGUCAGCUCAAACGCCUGCGACUUGUACACUGCUAUAUCAUUUCAGAUGAGGUAUUGAGUGAAGUGGCUGCAAAACUUCCAUUACUAGAGGAGCUUGCCAUUUCACACUGUUCAUUGUCAAAAGAAGCUCUGAAAGCUGUGGGCCGGUGUUGCCCUCUUUUGAAAUCACUCAAAUUCAACCACAAGGGGUAUAGAACUCCACACAUAGAGUGUGAUGAGGAGGCACUUGCUAUUGCAGAGAACAUGCCUGGAUUGCACCGCCUCCAGAUUUUCGGAAAUAAGCUGACUAAUGACGGUGUGCAGGCCAUCCUUGAUGGUUGUCCUCACCUUGAAUCACUUGACCUACGCCAAUGUUUCAAUGUCACUCUGGCAAGGAAUUUGGGAAGAAGAUGUGCUGAGCAGAUUAAGGACUUGCGGCAUCCCCAUGAUUCUACCGAUGACUAUGAAUUUGAUGCUGAACUUAUUGAUUAUGGUUCUUUUGAUGACGACUAUGAAUCUAGGCAUUCGUCUGAUGAAUUCUCAUUCUCAGAUGGCAAUCAUGACAGGGGCAUAGAUCUUUUUUCUGAUGAAUUCUCAGAUGCCAGCAACUCCGACGGCUACUACAAUGACUACGAUGACCUCAUCUAAAUUCACGACGCAAAUUUUUAUUUUGACUAGAGUAAAUGAAAUGACUCAUGUGCUGCACCCAACUCUUGUCUCCCAAUAUUUUGAAUGUUUAGUAUUAGUAUCAUAUAGACUUCAUGCGCACAGUUAAAUGUGCCAUGAAACGGAUACUAACCAUUUCAUUUGAAAUGAAGAGGAUCCUUAUUAGCAAA